UUUUUUUGUUGCGGCAUAUUGCACUUCUCCCUCGACCUUUCCAUUUUUUGGACAUGACCCUUUCAUCGGCCUGCCAUACCACGGUUUACUUGUCUAAAUUUCAAAAUCUUGGUUACCAGGGAACUCUCGAUGUCGAUUACCAUUAGAGUAACAUGUCCGCUGCAGAUCCUGUCAGGAAAUAUGGAUGACCAGGGCGACAAAGCUAGUUUCGAAUAAGUCUCGAUGGCGCGAAGGAAUGACCAUGGAACGACCUGCAACCAGACCCAUCGCUAUGGAACUGAGGCCGGGUCUCACCGAGCGGCGGAUGGAAAUCGCGCUGUCACCACGUCAUGAGGGAUUAGACCCUAAAAUUUGGUUCCGACUAGAUGGAACAACUCGAUUGGGAGCGCUUAAUUGCCGGCCUCGUGGCCCGUUCAAGAUCCUUUCCCUCACAACUGGGGCUACAGAUGAGAGUCGGUCAGCUAGUACCCUAGCUGGAGUAGCAUUACUACUACUAGUAGUACUAGAUUUGUACUAUGUGGCCCCAUCCGAUCUCUCAUGUGGCUGAGCUAGACCAUCCAUUCAUAAGAGGGGGUGGCGCUGUUCUCCCAUUCCUCCAUGUAAUGGAAACAGACAGAUACGAGACAUGUCGAUCACUACGAUGCCAACAACUUGCCACCCAAUCUUGAGAGAAUGAAUUACUGACUGUAGGUACUAUGCAAGUUCUACCUCUAUUGAGUCUUUCCCGUUCUAUUUGGAUCUUCAGAUCGUAGUGUCUGUGCGAGGCGAAGACAAGACAGUGGAGAAUGACAGCAAUGCUCCAGUACCACCCUAUUAGGUUUUCUGACAGUGACACAAAGAUCGGUCGCUCAUGCACGAUGCACGGGGUUGAGUGGACGGGAAGGCCAGUCGGGAUCUAUCCGAUCUAUCACAUGGCGGUGAAUCGGUGUGGCUGAGUUAGUGUGGCGCAUUGGGUGGGGGGGAAGACCCGGAAUUACUUCGGAAUAGAACCAUUUUAUUAAGGGGUCCAGUAAGUACUUAUUAUGUCAUCAUAUGAGAUCGAAGGAAUGCUGCCCAGAGAUGCCAAAAAUGCAAGUGGGUUUAGGCUGACUUAGGGCUGGGUUCCCAGGUAAACAAAC